AUGGUUCAAUUCUCCGAGGAGACCAAGGAGCGCGUCUCCAAGGUCAUUGAUAUUUCCCGCCGGAUACUUGCCUCUGAUUGUCUAUCUGGGCUACACCUACAGCGAGCCCAAGCCGACUCUGUUCAGCUAACUCCGUUUUUGGUGUAUGUAGUCGAUCGAUCAUCUUCCCGGUUUGGUGGCUCAGUGCGAAUCAUUCGCAAGAUCUUCUAUAAUGAGGGUGGCUAUGCCGCUUUUUACCGGGGACUUACCCCCAAUCUCAUUGGAAAUUCCACAAGUUGGGGUUUGUACUUCUUAUGCUACAGCAGCCUGAAAGAUAUUAUUCAAAGCCAUCGCGAGAAGAGGGAGCAGAUUCUCACGUCGUCUGAUUAUCUUCUCGCAUCCGGCAGUGCAGGCGUUAUUACGUCGAUCCUCACCAAUCCAAUUUGGGUGAUCAAAACCCGCAUGUUGUCAACGGGUUCGCAUGCCCCAGGGGCGUAUUCUUCGUUUGCGUCUGGGGCAAAACAAAUAUACCAAGUGGAAGGAAUACCCGGCUUCUACCGAGGUCUCGUACCAGCCCUAUUUGGCGUCAGCCAUGGUGCCCUUCAGUUUAUGGCAUACGAGAAGUUGAAGCUUUUCAGACUCCGGUCGAUGAAUAAGGGCUCAAUUGAGAGCGGUCAUUUGGGCGCCGAACGGGCGCUGGGUAAUGUUGAUUUUUUUGCCAUAUCCGGUCUAUCAAAAGUCUUUGCUGGCAGUGUGACAUAUCCUUACCAAGUAAUUAGGUCCCGGUUGCAAACAUAUCAGGCUCAUCUGAUCUACCGUGGGGCCAUUGAUGUCGUUUCCCAGGUAUGGGCCCAAGAAGGGAUCAGAGGUUUCUACAAGGGUCUUGGUCCAAAUCUUUUCCGGGUACUUCCAAGCACGUGGGUGACCUUCCUGGUAUAUGAGAAUACCAAGGUCUACCUAUCCCGGCUGGCACAAAAUCCAAAUAUUUCCUACUAA